CAGACACCUUUGCUGCGUUCUGCCUCCAUUUGCUCAUUUCAGCUGCAACGAACCAGAGCUUCGCCCUCUGACACAAUGCACCCAUUGACCAGCGUUGGUUAAUUUAAACUUUUCUGUCCUUUGAUUGUGUUGCUCCAGGAGGACUGAUCUAGAUACACUUCUGUUUUAGCGAUAUGCUGUAAAACACUAAGUUGAUUAAGUUUCCAGUCAAUGUAGGCUACGGGGCAGAAGUACAUGUCUACGUUUUCUCUUAAUUUAUUUCUACAUUAUGGACUCCAUCUCCCAGAACCUGCAAGAGCAGAUCUCAGAGCUGCUGAAGCCCAACAGAGUGUGUCUGCUCAUACCCAUCGCUUUGCACCAGAGUCAGUCAUGUGGGAAAUCAGCAAACAGGUUUUUGAUACUGAGCUUAUGGAGAGGUUUCCUGGUUACGAGCAAGCUGCCUGUCAGGGUGGAGAACACGUUCAGCUACCUGGAGAUUUGCUCCAUCAAUGUCCACAGUCUCACACAGAUCGUGUUGGAGACAGACAGACAGACUCUGUCCUUCAGUGCAUUGCAGAUUGAGGAUCUAGAAGCUGUGGUUAGUCACAUAACGGCUUCAUUGAAGAGGAUAUUUCCUGAUUCCUCCCCAGGGAAGUUACUGAAGCUGGUUACUCCAGAUCUCCAGCAGAGACUCUUUACACUGGCUGGGGCCAAAGAGGAGCAACUAAAUAAUCACCCUGGUUACUGUGGAGGAUUCUCUGACACGUAUGCUGCUCUGUGUGAUUUCAAUGAGAUACCAAUCAGAGAGGAAGUUCCAUGGGAUGUUGACAACAUUUACUAUGUCCAUAAGAGAAGACAGUUCAAUCUGCAGGACUUCAGCCACUUAGACAGCAGAGACUUGGCAUUAGCAGUUGCAGCUCUGUCUUUCAACCAGUGGUUUACCAAAAUCUGCAGCAAGGAACUCAGACUGUCACUAGAUGUACAACAGCAGUUGACCUUCCUGCUCUCCAGAUCUCCCAGCCUGGAGGAGCUUUCGCUGGAAGACAGCGGACUCAAAUUGGAUUUCGCAGUAAAAAUGGCAGCUGCCCUUCGAGAACACAAUUCCUCUUCUCUACAGUCUGUUAACCUGUCAGGCAACGCGAUUGAAGAUAAAGGUGUAAUAGCUCUGAGUCAGGAGUUGGGGAAUCUAACUAAAGGACUAAAGUAUCUGUCUCUGUCUCGAGUGUCUAUGACUGCCAGAGGUAUUGGUUACCUGAGUCAGGUGUUAUCCUCCAAUCAGCUCUUCUCAGCUUCUCUGACCCACCUCCUUCUGUCUGGUAACCCCAGCAGCCUGGUUACUGAAGAGGCCACGUUUCUCUUCAAGUUCUUGUCCAGUUCUAACUGUGUUUCUCAUCUGGACCUCAGUGAUACCAACUGCCCCCUGGACACAUUAUUUGUGUCCUUGUCUGCUGGAUGUUAUCGCAAACUGAUGCACCUGAACUUGGCCAGGAAUCCGUUUAGCCACAGAAAGGUGCGGGAGGUGACCAGAAGCAUUCGAGAGUUCUUCAGUAAGAGCUGCAAGCUAAAAUAUGUGGGCUUAUCUGGAACCAGACUCCCUCCACAAGCUCUCAGGCUUUUGCUACAGGGUCUGGCGACCAACAUACAUCUGUCUGGGCUAGAGUUGGACAUAAGUAGCUGCGAGCUGCGUUCAGCAGGGGCCCAGGUCAUACAGGAGCACAUUUCUGAAGCUACAGCUGUGAAAAGUUUGGACAUCUCUGACAACAGCUUUGAGAAUGACAUGGUGACUCUGGUGCUGUCUGUGGGACGAUGCUUCUCUCUGCGACACCUCGCGCUGGGGAGGAACUUUGCCAUGAAGUCCAGCAGAGCUCUUACUGACGUCCUUCAACGUAUCGCCCAGCUUGUUCAGGAUGAAGAGUGUGCUUUACAGUCUCUGUCAGUUUGUGACUCCAAGUUAAAGACGGGGAUGCACAUCCUGUUGAGUGCUCUGGGCAGCCACUCAGCUCUGACCGAACUGGACAUCAGCGGAAACAACAUUGGUGACACUGGCGCAAAAAUGCUUGCUAAAGCCUUGGUCAAUAACACGAAACUGAGGAGUCUAACAUGGGACAGAAACAAUGUAACUGCCAGAGGUUACCAGGAUGUGGCUGAUGCUUUGGAAAGGAACUUUACUUUGCAGCAGGUUUCUCUUCCACUGGCUGAUAUCACACAGCACUACCGCAGUAACCCCGAGCAAACAACAGAGGCCCUUCACAGGAUUCAGCAGAGUUUAGACAGAAACAACCGGACGCAGUUGGACAGAGGAGGACUUCUGCCUGGGCCUAAACCUCAACACUCAGAAAAGAUGCUUCAAGGCAUGUGCCAGCAGCUGGAAGAAAGCCUUCAGCUUCUAAACCACAGCCUUCCUGAGGUCCAGGCUAAUGUGCUGGCAGCGCAGGAGAUGGUGCAGAACGCCAAGGAGUGUUUCAGGCUUCUCCCGUCGCUGUACACAGCAGGUGCAGAGCUCUACUCUGAUGAAGACCUGGUGAAGGGUAUCCUUAGCAGCACUGCUGCUGCACUGGCUAACGAGGUCACGAGAAACAUCCAGGAGAUGGCCGAGAGCCUGAUGAGGUCUGCAGCAGCCAUGUGCCCACAGCUAAUGCAGCAAUGCAGCGUGAGGGAGUCUCUGUCCGAGUGUGUGUCCAAGAGAAGCCGACAGGCACAAUCGUUUCUGAGGAAUGUGCUAGUGGAGAAUACAGGAAGACUUAUCAUUGACAGAUUAAGUGAACUAAGAGAAAUGCUUGGAAUCUCUCUGGCUGACACCAUCCUAGAACAGAUGCUGCAGAAUCUGAUGAUGACUCAGGACAAAGUGAAUAGUCUCGUAAAAGAAAAUGCUUGCAAUGCUAUGAAAAUGACCGUCCCUGAACUACACGUGGUUGACAGCAACUUCCCCACUGAUGAUUACAGUCCAGCAUUUUGGAGAAAUAACUUCAACUGCAGCAGUCUAAGGCCGGCACCAUCGAUUAAGAGUCUCCUGGAUGAAGACUGGAAGCAGCAGGACAGAGAGAAGGGAAAGGAAGGAGGGGAAGGAAGUCUCCUGUCAGUCACAGCCUCUAGCCCCUCCCCCUCUACUUCCUCAUUACCCUCCUCCCCUGGGUGGAGGGGAAGGAAGCUGAGGGAGGGGGAGGUAGCCGUGGUGGAUGCUGCAGUAGCGAGAGCUAGAGGGGCAUCCUUCAUUGCUCCUCCCGAUCAUCCCCUCCUUCCCUCCAUGGCUGCUCCAGCUCCAGAGAAGGAGGCUGCUGACUACGAGGGCUCAUGCAGACCAGAGCCUUCCAUCUCCAGCUGCAGGCUAAGCCCAGGACUCCACCCCAGCUCUGGAUCCCCCGCUUCGUCCAUGGAGCCUCUCCCCACCCAGGGACAUAGUCUAAUGCAUUACACAGCCUCCCGACCACGGCCACGACGCACACAUAUGCAGCCUCCGUCCUCUAGGCCUCAGGAACCAAAUGUUGAGAACGAAACUAGUGAUGUGACGAACAGAGUGGACGAAGGAGUAGAAGAGUUCUUUACCAAAAAAAUCAUCCCUGUCUAUGCAUUAAAAGGCCGGUUGGAGGAAUCAAACCCUGUCCAAGCCACUUCCCCAGCAUUAAGCUCCACCCGUUCUGCCUCCACCACCUUUUCUUCCUUGUCUGACAACAUCACCUCCCACUCCAUUACCUCUUCCUCUGUCCCGUCUAGUGAAGCAUCCCUCACAUCUGCUGAUCUUCAACCUUUCUCCACAUCCUCCACCUUCCCAGCUCCUUCCUUGGCCACCAACACUAUUCCUGCACUCCCCCCCAAGAAUAUGAAAAAAAAGUUUGGCGACUUUUUUGCCUUCAAAAAGGCCCGAGGCAGAAGUGGCAAUACAGAAGGAGGAGAGAGAGGGAAUGGGAUGAAAGUCAAAAGAACCUCCAUUGCUGACCUCAUUCGACCCCUCGGUGAGGCCAAAAAUAGUGAAAAGGAGCGAGACGAGAGAGGGGAUUCUAACACUUCUAAUGAUGUUGCCACCACAGUAAUAGCUGCCAGCAGCCUUCAUGUUGCAGGGGAAACCACGUUGACCAGUCACUCCUACUCCACCACCAUCACCACUGACAUCACUACUUUUGAAGGCGAUGUGGUUCCUGUCCUGCUGCACCCCUCCCCAGGCGUCACCCUUUCUUCAGUGGAGCCGGAGAAGAGCAGCGUGCUAAGGGCAGUGAGUCCACAUGGAGACAGGCAGGGGAAGGCGACUAAGAGGUCACUGCGAGAGGGAAAAAGCCAGAGUCUUAUACUGCUGACAGGAUCAGAGCCCGAGGACAAGAAAACCCCACACAGCAAGAAACACGUGCCUGAGAGCUCACCAUGUUUUGAACAAAGGCUUCAGGUGAUGCUACAGAAAAUGAGCUUAUCCAAAACUCCACCCGCCGACACCAGGAGCCACCAGAAGAAAGACGAGGAGCUGAGGAAAGCCAACUCUGAAGGUACGAUCCUGGACAAACCUGAACCACCUCCCACAUACAUGAAGCCCAGAACCAUGUCCACAUCAGCAGCAGAUCCCAGGAAUUCUAUGAGGGGAAUGGAAUUUAAUCCAAAAUCUGCUCUCCCUGAGCAUUCUCUUGUCCUCCUCUCACCCAAGCUCCCAGUUCCCCCUCCACCAGUACCUGCACGUCCAACCUCUGCUCCCUCUUCCAGUAAAGUGGAGAAAGACUGUCUGAGAGCACACCCCCCAGAUGUGACAACACAGGACAGAAGCCAGGAGCCUACAGGCACAGAUUGCGCUCCAGGUAAUGGAAGAGUCCCAUCAACAUGGAGGCGAUCCUGCCCACAGGACUGUUGUGAGAAAGCACAACUGGCGACCGAUGUUGCAGACAACCAUCGCAAGCCAUGCCAACACACGAAGCCCCUUCCACAACACAGAGCUGUGUCCGUGCACGAGGAUGCGUUGGCCAUUACACAUGAGCUAAAGGCUGUGUUACAGAGGUCGCCGAACCGUUUCCAGACCAACAAGAGGAACCUUCAUGCCUGCAAUAAAGAUUCAUAUACUGGGAGAGACACACUAACAUCUCAGGACGACACAGAGAAACAAACAGCUAAAAAACAGAAGGAGGCGCUAAAGGCAGAAAAAGGCGAGAAUGGAUGUGGCUGUGGGCUCGUUCCCGAAGAGGAAAAAGCUACAGGAUCCACAGUGCAAGCAUCAGUGUCCCAGUACUUCAGUCUAACUGCCAUCCCCAAAGCUCCAUCCACCCCCAAAAGACCUAAAGCAGCGCCUUACACCCUGCAGAAGCCUCCUUUGCUCCCACCAUGCCAGAAAAAGAGGCCCAGCUCAGCCCCAGGACACGAACAAACCUCAGGCUCUGCGUCGGCUGCAUCAGAAGAGUUUCACAGAAAGAAGAGUCCGAGCACAGCCACAGCCACAGCUGAGGUCAGAAACAGCACACGAGAGAGAGACGACAUGGCGUCUAACCAGCACACGGCAGACGAGGACACAGAGAGGAGAGAGGAGGGACGUCACUGAUGCACAAAAAGGGAACGUGGGUCUAUAAAGCCUGAGAGCCUUCAUAAAAAGGAGGAAUUCAGUCAUCACAUAAAUGUUGAGGCAUGUUGAUGAUACUUGGUAUUUCGAGUAUCUGGGCUCAAUAAAUACAGACAGGCACAAACUGCUUUCUGAAAUUAUAUUGUAAUAAAUUAAAUUCUAUUCUAUUUUUUUACUUUAUUAGCUGGUUGGAAGUGAGGUUUGAUCCCCUCCUGCAAAUACACCUACAGUCAUUUACUUCAGUUCUAAAGCCACAUAUACAUUCUACAAGCAAAGCAUCAAUUUUAACUUCAAGUCAAAUGGUUCUAAAACAUCUCACAUGAAAACACAUCCAGGUGAUGUUGUCUUCACAUAGGUUCACCUGUUGCUGAUAGUAUAAUAAUAAUAAUAAUAAUAAUAAUAAUAAUAAUAAUAAUAAUAAUAAUAAUAAUAAUAAUAAUAAUAAUAAUAAUAAUAAUAAUAAUAAUAAUAAUAAUAAUAAUUGAACUUUAUUCUUUAAGGUUUGUUGCUGAUAUAGAGUUUGUGUCUUGGUCAGACUGUUUCUCCACUAACAGUUAUUCACAAAAAAGUAUGGGACACAUGUACGUUUAUGUACGUUGAAAAAAAGCAGAUGUUUAAUAGUGUUUAUGUGCAAGAGAAUAUUUACCUAUUUUAUUUACCUUCCUUCAUUUUAGUAUGUAGUAGUUGGCAUGUUUGUUUUCAGACACGCAUUGUGAUUUCAUAGGGAGUGUCCUGAAGUAAAAUCGGCAGCUUGGCCAUAAAUCAUUUUACAUGCUUCACAAUAUUUUCUUCAAGUUGCAACUUGAAAUGAAACAGUGAUCUGGUUUAUUUGUAUUAUUAAGGUCUAUGGUGAACUGUGGAGUCUGACAUCUGUCUCAAGAACCCAAGGUCGUCAACCUCCUACCAGUAGACUUUGUGUUGGAUUCCAUCAGUCUAGAUCAACAUAUGAUGGGCUUCGGUGUCUUAUCUUUUUUUGUUACUAAUACCAUUGUGAUGUUAUUUGUCCAUAUUUGUGUGGUCAUUCUGUUUCUGCUCAGCCUGAAACUGGCUGUUGUCAAACAAAUGCAUUGCAUUUAAAAUAAUUUCCCUUUUUAAGCUUUUCACUCUGCAUGCUACAUCUUUUCUGGUAUUCUCAAAUUACAAUUAAUACACAACUACAAAAUCUACAAAUCAAAGAAUUCUCCAAACAGUUCAAAGGUUAAUCCUCACUCAAUGAGUGUAAAAGCAGUCGUCUGUAAACCUCUGGCAGAAUGUAUCUAUAAAAUGGACUCUUGUGGAACCUGUAGUGAGAGGAGUGAGACAAUUUGAAUUACUCUAUGAUGCUUCCUUCAUACAGGUCACUCAUCACUUUGAGUAGCACAUAUAGUAACACUCACAUGUCGGUGGUGUAUGAUAGGAUGGUGUUUGUCAGCUUAGGAAGUAAAAGUCUUUGCAGGAGUGUUGACAAUUACUGCAAAGUAUUUUUUUCUAAUUGCACCAGUGAUGGAACUCAACAGUGAAUAUGAAAUCUUUAAUUGACUUUAAAAUGCAGAGACCAGAGGAAGUAGCUUGAGGCUCAUUUCAUGGCAGCCCCUGUGUUUAUUCGUUCUCUGACCAUGACAGCAAAACAUUCUUGUAAAAUCUAAAAUUUGGUGCAGAGAACUAAUCUUGUUUACCUAAAUGUCUGCAGUAGAGCCUACACUGUAGAUGCACACCCAAGAUGUCAUGGUACACAUGGAAUCAACCAUUUCUUAAAUCCCCAUCAAUGACUACCUCACUUAGAAGCUAGUUUGAAAUUGUAUAAGAACUAAAUGAAACCUAUAGUUAUAUCUGUAGUCCACAUUGUUUUUACAUUCACAUUUAUUACAAAAUUGAUAUCGCAAAAUUAGACUGGUUUAUUAAUUUUCUUUAUAAGCUAUGUUGCUCACCAAUGUCUUGAGGAAGUACGCGGAUUUAAGUAAUAAAAUGAAAUUACAUCCUGUGGUCUUUAGCUCACACUUGUCAUAUCUUUAAAGUUGUGUCAAACUGACCUUCUUGCCACAAUGGAGCAACUUCUACGUGUUUGAACACGUUCAAAACAUGUGCCACAUGACAGAUUGUCAGCAAUAGCACAGGUGAAGUCACAUCAGGACAACCUCAUGUUGUCCUAAUCACAUGUAGGUCACAGCACCAGAAGGCUGAGCCACAUUUUUACAUGAUUGUACAGUGUAACCAGAUAAACUGAGACGUACGAAACAGGUGUGUUCGGUUGUAAACUCAGGGUCCACUCAGCAAUGGUUUGUGUAAUAUAAAGAGGCCACACGUUUCAGCAACCCUAGCCACUUCUGGGAUAGAGUUCUUUUUCUUGUCAUGUUUCCCUUUGCCCUGCACGAAAAUGUACGAAACCACAAAAAGCAAACAAUAACAAGGUUAUUAAGGCAGUUUAAAUGCGUAUUUAAAGUUAUUAAUGAUUAUUAAAACAUUGCGAGUG